AGCUUGGUGACACGGCGUGUUUCUAUCUGUGUUUGCCGCAAAAUGGCGCUGCCGCUCAGAACCAAAGCGUGAAGCGCGGCGCCAGCAACCUGGCCCAGUGCUGCAAGUCUAUUUCAUUAAAGGAUUUAGAAGCACGUGUGAGCGAUGCAGGUGUGCGCGCACCGUCGUGCGGCGAGCAGCUGGUUGCUCGGGCUCGCGCUGCUGGUUUUGUUGCUGGGGCAGAAUGCAGUUGACGUAUUGGCUUCUAUCAAGGAUCCCUACAAGGUGCUGGGAGUGUCCAAGGACGCGGACGCAGACGCAAUCAAGCGGGCGUACAAGAAGCUGGCGCUGAAGUACCAUCCCGACAAGAACCCGAAGGGGCAGGGCAAGUUCAUCGAGAUCCAGCAUGCCUAUGAAAUUCUGUCGGAUGGCGACAAGAAGCGGGAUUAUGACGAGGGCGGCGGCUCGGGCGGUGGCGGCCACUACCACCACCAGCAGCACCACCAGCAGUACCAACAGUACCAGCGCUACCAGGAGCAACAGCAGCGGCAGUACGAGUACUACCAACAGCAGCAACAGCAGCGCGAGCGGCACUUCCACAGUCUACUGCCCUCCAACACCUCCUUCAUUACCUCGUCAAACGCGCGCAACCUCAUCUUCCACAGCAGCCGUCCCUGGAUACUGAUGCUCUACUCGGAGUCGGUGCCGGCAUGCAAGGAGUUCUCAGUCAUAUGGGAGGCGCUGUGGCGCUCGCUGGGGGGCGCGGUGGCCAACGCCGGCAACCGCGACGGCGCAGUGGUGGGGCUGGGCCGCGUGCACGUGCGCGACCAGCGCACACUCGUGAGCUGGAUCAUGCGGGCGGGCAGUACCUUCACCUCGCCCGGCAGUGUGUCGGACGGCGACCUGCCGCUGCUGGUGGCGGUGCCGCGCGGCUGCGACGAGGCCGCGUGCUUCCUGCGCUACCGCGGACCCCUCCGCCUAUCGGCGUUACAGGACUUUGCGGCGGACAAGCUGCUGCGGCUGCCGCGUGUGUCGCAGCUGGAGCCGCACACGGCGCCAGCCUUCCUGGGCCGUGCCUCGCCGUACAAGGUGGUGGUGGUGGCGUUCGGGCGGGCCGGCGGCAGCGGCUCCUUCGCGCUGCGCAGCCUGGCGGCGCGGCAGAAGGACAUGCUCACCGUGACGCGGGGGCACGUGCAGGAGGGCAAUGCGCAGCAGGCGGCCGCCUGGCAGCAGGCGCUGGGGCUGUCCUCGCCGCCCGCCGCCAGCUCGCUGGUGUUCCUGCGCGGGCCCGGCACCGCGCCGCGGGUGGUGCCGGUGCCGGCGGGCAAGAGCCGCGUGGAGGAUAUGCAGCAGCUCAUUGACGAGACGGGCGUGCUGUGGCAGGAGGUGCCGCCGCUGCGCCCCUCUACCGGCGCCUCGCUGGGCUGCCUGUGGGGCCGCGCCGCCGCCGCCAGCGGCCGCUCCAUGAUCGACACGUGCGUGCUGGCGGUGGGGCCGGGAGGCGGCCCCGGCAGUGCGCUGGAGGAGGGCCGCCGCCGCAUGGCGCUGCUGGGGCGACUGCUGGCCAGCGCCACGUCGCAGCGUGACCCCACGGUCUCAGCCGCCGCUACCGCAUACAUGGCCGGCAAGCUGCGGCUGACCUGGUUCGACUCCACCCGCCAGCACGAGCUGUGCACCUGGUUCCUGUCAGCAGGGGGCGGCAGCGCACUGCGCCCCACCACCACGACCGCCCAGCCCGGAUCCAACGCAGCCGGCCGAGCUGCCGCUGUGACGGCCGCCAACGCCGCGGCCGCUGCCAAGGCGCCGGAGCUGCUCCGAUCCAUGUGCGGCGCGGGCCGCUGGGACGUGCUCGGCCGCGUAAAGAAGGCCGCGCAGACCGCCGCCGCCGCCGCGGCCGCCACCGCCGGCAGGCCCGACCUCGCCGCCAGGCUGGCACCCGCCCGUGGCUCCGUACACCUGAUCGUGCUGCGCCCCUCCAUCGACCAGUCCAGCUGGUUCCGCGGCGGCGGCGCACAGCACACACGCAACGGCAAGCGCGUGUUCCUGCACGCGGUCAACGCCGACUUUGACCUGGCGGCGCCGCAGGCGCCGCACAGCGACGCCGUGGGAUCCAAAUCUGGAUCCGGGCCGGCGUACGGCGAUUCGGAUCUGGAUAAGUUGGCCAUGUGGAUCAACGCGAUGCACGCGGACCCGGACCGGCAACUGCACGCCAGCUCCACCUUCCCGCCGGCGCUGCAGACGGACGACGAGCCGGGAGCGCUGGAGUAUGUGACGGGCAGGUUGUACGAGGCCGCCCGGACAGCGCUGGAGUUCGUGAUGCAGGCGGGCGGCCUUUCGGACGACGGCUCCGCGCCGCUCAGCAACGAGAUGCAGUACGCCAACCUGGCCAUUGCGGUGGUGGCGCUGCUGUUUGCGCACUACGCCAUUUUCGGGGGCGGCGCCGGCGGAGCAGGCGCCGGCAGGCAAGCGGGUGCCGCGCGCCGGCCCUCGCCCGCGCUCCGGCGCGCAGCCGCCGCCACCGCCGCGGCCGGCGGCGCCACCGUGUCCCGGCCCCCGGCCGAGCACCAGCCGCAUGAAGCGCGCGGUGGCAGUGGCGACACCGCUGGUGGCAAGGAGGGGUCUGCCGAGGGGCGGCAACAGGAACGCAGGGCCGGCGGGGAGGGCGAGGUCCCCUCGGACCAGGCGGCGGAGCAGCGGCGCGGGCGGCCGGUGGAGCCGGUGGUGGUCAACCGGCGAGCGCUGUCACCGUCCUGGCGGACAGGUCGGCGAGGCGAUGACGACGUUGACGUUGAUGGCGCGGCGGCGGCAGCGGCUAGCAGCGGCAAGGCGGAGGAGGAGGGCGUGAUGGCGCCCCGCCGGCGUGGCAGCGGCGCGGACGGCGAGGCUGGGCUAGGAGCCGCGGGCCAGGACGAGGGAGCGGAAACGGGGGCGGAGAUGGAGGCAGGGGCGGGCAGCACGGCUGGCGUCGAUGGCGACAGCGAGGACGUGGAGGUGGUGGACGUGGUGGGAUGCAGCGACACGGAGGGGGUGCGCGGCACCGACACGGGGCCGGACAGCAGCGGCCUGGCCCCCGAGGACAGCUGGGAGCACGUGGACAAGCGGUGAUUAAGCGGUGAAUGAGCUUGCAGCGUCCAGCUGUAGUGAAUCAGUGAGUGAAGUAGUCUGAGUGGGCCUGCGAUCGACAACGGCUGCUUUGGGACUCCACGGCAAGGCUGUGAAUGCGGUGAGUGACUAUUGCGCGAUGUGAUCAAGCAACAAGAGAAUGUAAAGCAAUGUCAAG